GCUUCAAUUCUUUGAUAUUACUCCAAACAACUUUCUUCAAAUUACUUUCUACACAAACUUUAAAUACCCUCAAAAUGUCUACCGCCCUCAAGUCCAUCAAAUCCCUCGCCCCUCUCCUCGACCGUGUCUUGGUCCAGAGAAUCAAGGCUGAGACCAAAACCGCCAGCGGUAUCUUCCUUCCAGAAUCCAGUGUCAAGGAGCUCAACGAGGCCAGAGUUUUGGCUGUUGGGCCAGGAGGUUUGGACAAGGAUGGAAAGAGAGUUAGCUGUAGUGUGCAAGCUGGCGACAAAGUUUUGAUUCCUCAGUACGGAGGAUCGCCAGUUAAGGUUGGAGAAGAUGAAUACUCCUUGUUCAGAGACCAUGAUAUCCUUGCAAAAAUUAACGAAUAAAUGCUUUCACGAUAUGACGAGUUGAUGGAGGGUGUACCAUAAAUGUAUUAAAUCGAGCGUCGCGGGCAAAGAAAAAAAAGAUAUCAAGUAGAAAGGAUGUUGGAAAAAAACAUGUCGAUGAACUGGCCUAAUACUAAGGGGCUCAAGGGGACGAAGAUUUUUGUGUAUACCUUGACCUCCGCCGGUGGAUUUCCGUGCAUGAAUUUAAAUGAAUCUCUUCUCUUCAAAUAUCAAAGUGGUUCGUUCGGGGUACA